AGGAGGGGAGGAAGGGGAAAUGAUUGUACAAAGCUCACGAAGACCGUAGGCUUUGUUUUGUUUUUAGCCACAGGCCAAAAUGGCCAGAAUUUUCUUUUAGUUAGUCCUCGGUUUUAACGCGGGUUGGAAAAGGGGUUGAAAUAUAGCGUGUUGUCGUGAGUUAUCUCUGUUUCAAUCCAGUAAAAUAAGCGCACAACGUCUGGUGCUAUUUCUCUUCUUUGACACAGCUCGCUCGUCGGAAAGUGGCUUGGCCUGUGACGUUCUCUUCGGUAAAAGGAAGUUAGCGCUAGGUAAAUACAUUAGCAAGCGUUAGGGGUUUUCUUUUGUUUUGCUGUGUGAUUUAAUAAUCUUUUUCGUAGAACCUUUGUCGACGAAUAAAGAAUGAAUCUUUUCUUAAAUUAAAUCCGAAUAAAAUACGGUCGAUUUAAUCAAAUUAAAGGCGUUUAACUGACUAGCCUUCAUGUACUGGUAGCUGCUUAUCGACCCAGCCAGCCAGUUCCUUUGUUAGAUUUUAGAAACUAAAAUUGUUUUACCGUUGAAUUAUUUUAAUCAGUAAUUUGAAGUGGCAGUAACGCUUCUUCGGAACGUGAAACGUGGCCUCAGUUUCCGUGAACUGAAGUUAGCAUAUCAAGUACUGUAGCUAGUUUAUUCUCGCCCGAUCAUGUAUGCACCUCCGGGACCUGCAGUCCCCGGAAACCGGCGUAGGCGAGCCGGCACAGCGCUGCCCAAGCAGCCGGAGCGCAGCCUGGCCUCGGCCCUCCCAGGGGCCCUCUCCAUCACGGCCCUCUGCACGGCACUGGCCGAGCCCGCGUGGCUCCGGGUCCACGGAGGAAACUGCCCGAGACAGGAGCUCGGAGUGGCAGACGUACUGGGAUACAUUGACCCCAAGCUCCUGGAAGACUACUGUUUUAACUCCCAGACCAUCCUGCUGCUACGGGUCAUCGCGGCUUUCUGCUUCCUGGGGAUCCUGUGCAGUCUGACGGCUUUUCUGCUGGACGUGUUUGGACCCAAACACCCGGCGCUAAAGAUCACCCGUAGAUACGCCUUCGCCCACAUCCUCACAGUCCUGCAGUGUGCCACGGUGAUUGGGUUUUGCUACUGGGCGUCGGAGCUGAUCCUGGCCCUGCAGCAGCAGCACAAGAAGUACCACGGCUCGCUGAUCUACGUGACGUUCGCCAUCAGCUUCUACCUGGUGGCGGGGGCGGGCGGCGCCUCCAUCCUGGCCACCGCCGCCAACUUGCUGCGCCACUACCCCAGCGAGGAGGAGGAGCAGGCCCUGGAGCUGCUCGCCCAGAUGGAGGAUGGCACAGACGCCUUCCCCGCCGACUACGACAUCGCCAACCAGUUCCAGCCACCGCCUGCCUACACACCGUAGCAGGAGGGGUUCGCCACGCACCCCCCACACCCCACUCCCGCCUACGCACCGAGCACCCCCACAGCAGGGGACAGCAUCCUACCCCCCCCCACGCACCAAACCCCCCCGUAACUGGGCUGAGCACCGCACCGCUCCGCAGAGUACCCUCCUCUCCCUCAGCACCGCUCCGCAGAGUACCCUCCUCUCCCUCAGCACCGCUCCGCAGAGUACCCUCCUCUCCCUCAGCCCCGCUCCGCAGAGUACCCUCCUCUCCCUCAGCACCGCUCCACAGAGUACCCUCCUCUCCCUCAGCCCAGACGCCCCUCACGCUCCGGAGACACCACUGUUUGCCUCGCUAUCAGCAGAACGCAGAACCUCAGACACUCGGGCGGCCCAGGAUCUGAUCGCCACCCGCCCCCCCCCCUUCCCCACGCGUCCACGUCCCCCGACCCCCUGCCCUCUCGCCCCCCCCCCCCCCCCCAUGCGUCCACGCUGAGCCCUGCCCUCUCGCCCCCCCCCCCCCCCACGCGUCCACGCCGAGCCCUGCCCUGACCCGACUGCCUCCAGCACACACACUCUCCGCAGCGGGCCGCAGCUCGGCUGCUGGUGCUUCGAUUGCAUGUAACCGGCUGUCCGUCGGGGCCGGCGCAGGACCGCUCGUUGUGUCCGCACCACCAUGUGAUGUUUUCUCGCAGUAGUUUGCACGUGCGUGUGGCUGUCCCCACAGGGGUCCCUCAGAGUGUUUUGACAUGGUCUGGCACGCUUGGUCUUGCCCUAAUGUAACACCUCGUCCUGUUAAAUGCGUUACUGGUGGCAUUUUGAGUCGUGUGUAUAUCAGUUCACCACUCUGCUUUCGUUUAAACCACAGCAGAACCUGUGCCAACGCGGCGCCUCUGUCUCGCCCUCCAGCGCAAUAAUACUGGAUCUCUAAACAUGGUGCAUACAGUAGUUACUGGCGGCCCCAUGAUCCGUAACAUUUCAGUGUAAGGCACUUUAAACUGGAGUCGCAGAGGUCAGCAGGGAUCUCCGAGACCACCAGACUCCAGGUCCGCUCUGACAUGGAACUGGCACAGAGUGGGCAUAUAUCUCGGACAGCUCGGGCACAGAUUGUGUCAGUGUCAGAUAUAAUCCGUAGCAGGGUUAUUAUAGUUAACAAAAAUCAAGAUUAAAACUAAAAAUCAGUGAAUGCUGUCAGUAAAAACAUUUUCACUGAUAGUUUCAGUGAAAACAGUAUUUUGUUAACUGAAAUAAACUGAAAUAAAGCUCUCAAACUAGUUAGUUCUUCAGAAUAAAUCUAAAAAGGAUCCUCUCGGAAGAGGUGUUUCUGGAACGUCUUUCUGGAUUGUUUCUCUGCUUCAUGAAGACGUCUUGAUCUGAUGUACACCAACCCUGCAUAUCGGCCCUUCUUCGAGGUUCCUGCUGAUUUUCAUUCCUUUGUGCCCCCCCCCCACCCUAACCUGACCUAGCCACCCAAUGUCCGCAAGCUUUGCCUCUGCACUUGAAUAACACACCCACUUAUUUGCCAUGUGUCUUUAUUUCCUCUUCAUAAAACUUCCUAAAACAUUUCUUGCUUUUUAUUUUUCCCACACUUUAAUACGAGUCCUGAGCAGCCCCUCUGUAUCCAAAAAGUCACGUAAGCAAAAUCUAAAUCCAAGGUCCCCUUUUAAAGUUUAGGCUAUAAUUAUUAAUAUUAUUAUUUAUUGAAGAGCUGAAGAUCAACUGUGCUCUAAGAUGGGCAUGCAUUUUUUUUUUUUUUUUUUUUUUUUACUUCCUCUUGGCUAAUUAGCUCACCAUGUGCUUGGCUUGCUUUGGUCUGAGUGAAGAAAUGUUGGCCUAGAAAUGGUGGUGUUCAUGCCAUGUGCUCCGACUGGUCCUUCCACACCGCCAGGAGAGGACUCUAGGACCUGGGACUAAUCAUGGACACUCCACCAAAGGUCUUGCCAUAUGACACCGGUAUCCCAGAUCUGCCAUCAUGUUUUGGACAUAGUUAUAUUUUCACCCUCUUUUGUUUCUUUAUCUUUAGGCCUAAUUGUCUGUAACUGUGUGGGUGUGUUGAUAAUCGUAUAUGAGCAUCCUGGGGGUACUCCUAGGAGAGUGUGGAAGAUUCAUUUGGCUGUGUGUGUGUGGGUGUGGGUGUGGGUGUGUGUGUGGGAGGGGGAGAGAGAGAGAGAGAGAGAGAGACAGACUGCUUCCUGUUUGAUUUUUGCUGUGCUACCUUUUGUGGGGACAGUGUGGUUCUGGCCAUGCACUGUUGAGCGGGACGAGAGAGUCAGGACACCGAGAUUGGGAGAACCUGAUUGUAAUCUUUUACUGUUGAAUUUUUACAUGCAAUGUUUUCUGAAAAGGUGAUUUGUGUUGGUUUAUACUGUUUUUGUUUUGUGUGUGUUAAUUUCGGUAUUGUAGCUUCAUUUUAAUAAUGUGUUUUAAGAGGUGAAGUAAAAUCUAAACUGAUGUGUU